AUGCCGUCCGGCGAAGCGGCUCACAGGCCCUCGAGCCCCCGCGCCGCCGUACCAACGUUCUCCGCCGUCGCCCACGCGGGGGGCGCAGGCGAUGCUGCGCCGCUAGAGCCGCGCGUGCCCGAACUGUGGCUCACCUUCGAAGCAGCUGCGGGCGCCUCGCCCUCUGCAUCCCCCGCCCCCCUUCUUCAGCCUUCACCCUUGGUGCUAGCCCCCUCGGGUCCCGCUGCUGCCGCUAGGACUAUGCCUAGGACGGCGGCGCAGGACGACCCGCCUCCUCUCCACGCUCCGUCUGCUGGCGCCGAGGCGCCAGGGCAGCCUCCUGAACACACACAGCAGAUGGAGACGUCGUCCGAGUCGCUGCCCGGCAGCCACGACGGUUUUCUCCAGCCUGGUGCGUUGGGCCCCCGCGACGCUGCCUGCAACGGCGGGCCUGCGGACGCGCCGCCGCCGUCGCCUGGUGCUCAAGCAGCCUUGGCGGCGGGCACUGAGUCCGUGCCCACUUCAGCGCAGGGCGCAGGCAGCGAUGUCGCUGCGUCUCUGUCAGCCGGCAACACAGGACACAGCCAGUGCGCACCUUCCCCCGGCGAGGCACCCGCUGCGGCUAGGCCCGAGCUGGCCGCUGCAGGCAACGCGCCGGGGAGGGACGCCCCUGGGGGAGCCGGCGCCGACGCUGGAAAGGCGUCGCCCCCCGGAGGCCCGCUCGCCCCUGCGGGGGCGACUGCGAAGAGCCAGGGCCCUCCAGCGGCCGCGGGGUCAGGCGCGGCGGCGGCCAAGAGCCCCCAGCCUGCGCAGCCGCAGCCUCAGAAGGUGGCGGCCGCGCUGCGGAAGCUCGGCGUCUCGGAGCUGCCAGUCUUUUCGUCUGACGGCGACGCGGCGGCGGGCGGCGAGGGCCGCUUCGGGCGGGGGGAGCGGAGACCGCGCAGGGCGAACGUGCAGGCGAAGGGGCUCUUCAAGCGGCUGCAAGACGGCAUUUACGGACGCGGUGACGAAGAGUCCUCUCAGACGUCCUCCGGCGGAGCGCAGCAAAAAGAGAAGAGUGACGGCAAGGGCGCCGGGGCCGGCCCCGCGGGCAGUUCUUCUCAAAAGGGGCAUUCGCGAGCAGCGCCGUCUGCAGAGGGAGGCGCAGGGGCUGCCGCCAGGGGAGGCGGUGCAAGUCGCGCGGUGCUGGCCCCCCCUGGUGACGCGCCUGCCGGCGCCGCAGCGGCGAACGGUGGCGUCUCCGGCGCAGCGACGCCGGGUGGUGGGUCGUCGCGGGCGUUUGGAUAUUUUCAGUCGCCUGCCGCGGUGCCUUUCAAGGCCCAUACGCAGGGCAACUCUGCAGCGACCGCGGCGGAGUUCUUCCUGGGGCAUGGUGGGCCCCCGCCCUUUGCGACGCGGAGCGACGAGUGGCGCAGCGCGGGCGGCGCCUCUGCGGUCUCUCUCGCCGUCGGCUAUCCGCCGCGGCUCGAGGGGGCUGCCUCAAGAAACCCGAGGAAGAACGCCGCCAACGCCCUCCAGAGGAAGAAACACGGAGGGGCGGACGGCAGACGCCGAGACGGGAGUGCAGGCCCGUUGCACGAGGGGGACAGCGGGCGGUGGCCGCAGCAGCCGUUCACUGCGGAGCGCGGGACCGCGGGAGGCAGCGCCGCCCUCUCGAGGGGACUUGGAGAUCCUUCCUCUGCCAGCGUCGUGAGGGACUUUCGAGUCGAGCAGCUCAGCCCGGCUGACGGAGAGAGGAGGCACGCGGACAGUGUCGCAGCGUCGAUCUGGCGCGUUUCGUGGGUUGACGGCGCCUGGAAAACACACAGCGUAACUUUCGAGCCGAAUCCGGCAAAAGAUUCGCACCCGACGGCGGCGGCGGAGGCGUGCUCAAGCUUUGCGUUGCGGCUAUAUCAUGGUUUCAGGGAGACUUACGUGCACCUCGACGGCGGAUCGCUGCAGCAUCUCCCUCCCCCGGGGCACCUGCUGGACCGCGAAGCCGAUGCGCGACUGGGUCGGCCGCAGGGCUCAGCGGGUGGAGGCCUGGGCCUCCCCCCAUCUCGGGUGUGGAGCGUAGAGGAACUUCAUCAGCGGUUGCGGCAGCAACACGCGACGGCUGCGAUCAUGGCGAGCCGCAACAACCUGGCGUUUGCGGGGGCCGGUGCCGCGGGAGGCUCAGCUGUGGACGGACCAGGAGGCCCUCUGUCUUUUGGAGACCCGCGGCAAUCCGGAGCCGCCAGGCUCGUGCCUCGAUUAGUUUCUUCUGGCGGAGCAGGAAACGCGGACGCGUCGUACGUCGCACAGGGUACGCCUUCCGACCAGGGUUCGGCACUCGCAUGCGCAGGGAUGGGGCCGUGCAGCUCGGGCUUCGGGGUCCCCGGAGGAGGCUCGGCGGGAGGAGGCGCGGCGUCCCUCGCAGGCCUACACGCAAGUGCGAGUUUCGCGCGGCCCUUUCCUGCGGACCCGAAUAAUGCGGCUUCUUGGGCCGCUGCGCCGUUUCGCGCGGAGCGUGCGACGCCCAGUCCAAAACCUGGCUCUGGCGGCGAGUUCGCGGCGGCGAACGCGUUUGGAGGGACUGGGACGCUAGGCAGUUGCGGAGGGUACGGCUUCCCAGCCACCCACGCCUCUGGAGGAAGGGCGCCGGGCCUUUCAACACCGCCGCAGCCCUUUUUCCGCACGCCUUCGAGCUCGGCCGGAAGGGCUGCCCCAGGGCUCUCUCUGCCCCUCGGCGGUGCUUCUUACGACUCGUCUGCCCUCCCAGGUGCGGCGAGCGACCCGAGGCGCCUGCAUGCGGUCGGCGCUCAUGCGGGCACUGCUGAGUUAGGCCGAGAACUGCUUCCUGCAGCAGGUGCCCUAGUUGGGGGCGCCACACCUCCCGGUGCCUCGUCCGGGGUCGGCGUCGGCUCCGGAUCGCUUCCUGGCUCCUCGCCGCUGCCCUAUCCAUCCCGCGGGAGUGCCGGUCCGGAGGGAGGCCGAGGCGAACUUCCCGUCCGUCCUUCGUUCGGCAGUAGCGGGGCGAAGGGGCCCGAGGCCGCCUUGCCGUCGUCUCGGCCGCGCGGCGCUGCGCCUGCGUCUCUGGCGGCAGCUGGGAAGGGCGGAGGGGCGGGUGCGUGGCUGCAGAACUCCCUCGUCGCCGCGGCUCUGGCGGCUGCUGCGGCCAAGCGGACCGCAGAAGAGCAGGGCUUGCUCGAGGAGGCGAGGCGAGACGCCGAGCGCGAGGCGCUUUUGUCGAAACUUUUGGGGGAGGACGAAGACGAAGAAGAAUGCGCAGAUUCUUUCUGGUCGGUGUCCCUCCCGAGGCUGCUUGUGCUCGACCCCAUGCAAGGCCGAGCCUGCAUGUUUUACAAAGAGAAAGAACGACGACGGCGCCAGCUCACGCGAAACGAUAGGGCUGAGGAGGCAGACGAUGAAGAGGCGGCAGGGACUACGCACCAGACUGGUGCGUCUUGCGCGGCCCUUUCAGGACCAGAAACACAUUUUGUCGGGAAGCGCAGACUGAGCGCGUUCAGCUGCAGCAAAUCAGAGCACGGAGGCAGUGUGCAGCGGCCUGCCAGUUUGAUGGAGGAGCCUCGAAGAGGCGGGGUAGACAGCGCUGUACCCUUUGAAGCUUCUGGUUGCAAUGGAGACGACACGACGCGGACCACGGGGCUGUCGGAAGGCGCACCCGGUCAUGCGGCAAAGCAAGUGGAAACCUGCAACCCUCUGGCCUCUCCUGUGGGGCCUGAGAACGACUCGGCGAGUCAAGAGCUUCCCGCGACUGCCACGGGGAAGGUCGCAGCUCCGGCUGGCAUUCCCUCGAGGCCGCAAAAGCUGGCGACGGCACCGGGCGUCACAGGGUUAGUCGUUGUCGACCUGCUUGAAAGGCAUGAAGAGGAGAGAAGCGAGGUGACAGAAGAGGACGAGGAAUUCGACGACUGUUUUCCGUUCGGCUCGGGUAUGUGUGACGCAGCCGACGACCUAGGAGGAGGUCAGGCAGCUAGCGUGUACGAUGGGCUUCUGCCGUGGGAGUUUCCCGAUAAAACGCUGCUUCUGCUGCAGUCUGCCAUGAAGCGGGAAAACGCCGCAAGUCAUGAUGAUCUCCUGUCCGCAGCCUUCUCUGCCGAGAAACCCGAUCGCGACGCUGCACUCCUGCGGGACCUGGAGCCUUUUUUCCGUCUGGAAAAGCAGAACCCCUACUUCGACGCGCACCAAACACACAAGAAUCUACUUUCUGGCUGCUGCAUCUCUUCUCAUUCUUCGCUCAUCGACGUGCAGAAAGUCAUCAACCGGCUCCGACUCCAGGACGACCGCCGGCCUGAGGAAGGCGAGCGGCUCGCGCGAGUGGCCGCAGAGCAGAGCCAAGGUGCGUGGAAACGCUUGGGCACGGUCUUGCGAGAGUUGGAGGCGCUCGAUGAAGAAGACGACGCCGAAUUGGGCGGCGACGCCGAAGAGACAAGAGAGAGAGAUCGAAGGAAGGACGCUUCCGAAGGAGCGGAAAAACUCCUGACUCCAGGCGGCGACUCCCGCGGAGAUGCUUCCGCUUUGCAGGCGACUGACGGCAGCGAAGCAAAGAUGGAAAAGCCGUGUGAGCUCGCAGAGCAUGCGCAGCCGAAUGACAAACCUCUGCAAGAGAAAGCGUCACUCGCCGCCGUGUCUCCUCGAAGCAACGGUCUGCCGGAGGGCGCUGAUCCGGCCUGCGGGGCGGCGUCGCAGGCGGGAUCGGAGACUCGCGCCGCUUCGUCUGCAGGCUGCUUCGCCGUCCCCUCGGCGACUGCAGGUGCGAAGGAGGAGCCGGGGGAAGGGGGGGGGGCAAUGGAGCGAGGGCAAGAGAUGCAGGCGAGCGCCCAGGGGUCCGCGACGGCGAAGGCCCGCGGCCCGGAGAGUGCGUCUCAGCUCCCGCGCGAAGGCGCCUCUCCACAGAAAGGGAGCGAAGGAGCCGCGGCUGUCCAGCAGCGCCAGCCGGGGGAUGCCGGUGACCGCCAUUCGCUCGCGGACGAGCACGCUGGGCAAGGACCGCAGGCUGAGGGUCUGACAUCUCCCACCCUUGUUGGCGGGCUGGAGUGUAAGGCGGCCGUGGUCUCAGGAGAUGGGCGUCAUGCGGACGAAGCGCAGGACGAGGGAGCCGAGAAAAACGAUUCUGGCCGUGGAGCGCCCCCCCCCCCGGCAAUAAAUGCGGGAUCGAUGGAGGCCGCAGCCGCCUCACCAGACAGGAGGGAACUUCUCGCUGACAGGUCGGGGCGCGAAGGAGUGCCGGCUGAAGAGGGCAUCUCUGCGUCGCCGCCACGCCGAAAAGCCGGAGAAAGCGGCGAGAAGACAGAUGCCGAGGCAGGACAGGGGAAGGCCUUGCAUCAUUCUCCGCAGGUCGUAGGAGCGUCUGACGCGCACGCGUCAACUGCCGCUCACCCCGACCCAGCGCCGGGCGAGUCGAUCCCUUCCCCUCUCUCUCACGUCUCAGGUGAACGCGACGGGGAGCAGAGGAGCGCGGAGUCUCUCUCUUCAUCGCUCUCGAUGGCGGCAGAACAGGCCUCCAGAGAUAGCCCAGCAACGAAAGAUGACGCUGGGAAGGGGGGGUCAGCGGCGCCUACGCCACGCGGGUCGGCGUCGCGGAGCUCUGGAGGUCGACUAGGCUUAGGAGAGAGGCAGCAGGAGGCUAAGCGAGUCCUCGGUUCAUACGCGACUAGGCGCGCCCAGAAGAGGAGACGUCUCGAACUCCUCUCGUCAUCCUGUGAGGAAAUCGAGAAGCGGCUCCGGCGGCUGGCAAACACAUUUCCGUGGUUGCCUGUCCUCAACGCCGCCUUCUUUUCGUCUGCUGCUAGCGAGCGAGGCCUUCCGGACUGUGGAUCAGAUGCGAUGUUGAAGAGAUCAGAGGAUGACACGCGAAAAAGCGUCAAGGGAGCAAGUGACCAUUUGGCCCGCACAGCCGCCAGUCUCUUCGACUCGCCAGGGAGCUGCUUUGAAGCCAAAAUGAAAGACGUGGUGCGUGCGGUAGCAGAGGGAGCGAAGCGAGAGCUAGAUGAUCUAGCCAGCGAUGACGACGACGCAGACGCGGAACUUGUUCCUGAAGAGCUGUGGCUGGCUCGCGCCUCAGCCGUCGCAUCGGCUAGGGCCGAGCAACGCGCCCUCACCGACGCGCGGUGUGCGGCUGCCUCAGCCGCGGCGGCUGCCUCGACAGCUUUCGGGGCGGCCCCAGCCCGUCCUUUCUUGAUGGAGCCUUCAGUCCCCGCCGUGCCGCGAAGCGGUUUCCCUGCGCCUGCAGCGCUUGCGUCGCAUCCAGUCGAGGCGGCGCGUGCGGCGGCGGUCCCGGUUAGCGGCAUGGGGACACCCACAUCGCCGCCUCCAUUUGCCUCGUUUGUGGGGGCGGGCGGCGAAAGGCCGGAAGAGGCGGGCGGAGGGAGUUUUUCAGGCUCCAGGCGCUCCUCGACCAGCACGCAGCGUGCUAGAAAGAAGAAGGGACUCCUGUCUGAUGGCGGGCUCCCUGGGUCGGUCCUGGGCACGCCGAUUGUCUCUCCGGGCGUGCCUGCGUCAGCGCCAGGCUCGCGGCCGGGAUCAGCUGGUGACAGAAAGCCCCGAAAAGGGGACGCCUCCAUCGGCGGGCAACAAGUAGCCGGCCCACCCAUGGACCCGAGUAUGCCGGGAGCUCAGGUGGGGGGAGCAGGUGUCUCUCACUGUGGCAUGUUCCGGGCGCCGGAGCGACUGGGAGACGGUCCGGAGGCAGGGAGUCCGUGGAUGCCCGGCGGCGGGCCGGUCCCUGCGGAGUGCCCGCCAGCGAGCGAUGAGCUUGGGGCAGCCUUCGGGGACGCAGUGGCGGCAGAUCAUCCAGGGCUCCUUAGUCUGAAGGCGGGGCAGCGUCAGAGAGGGAAUGCCUCCAGUAGCCAGGCGUCGCUCUCUGGCCGCGAUCGACGGAGGUCCUCCGUCGCCUCUUCAGUUGCCUUGUUUGCCUCGGCCUCCCGCGGAGGUGCGGGGCCGCCUGGGUCGGUUGUUCGGCGAGGAGACGGCGUGGGCGCCGUGGAGACCACAGACGGCAGUGACACCCUCACAAGCCGGAUGCCUUCUCGGUCGUCGUCUAUUCUUAUCGCGCCCCCGUCUCCAAUUCGCCCCCCGGGUCCCUGCCAUCCAACCGACGGCUAUCCGGGCGCACCGGCGCCGCCACAUGCAGCCGCACUACAGGCCGCGCCCGCGCACCGCGAGGGCGGGCUGGAGGGAAGGACUCCCUGGCACGGGCUUCAGCACCAAGCGGUGGGUGCGAUGGGGGGUGCGUGGCCCUGCGGGGUUUCGGCCGCCCCAGCUGACGGACGGGCGCUGCCGUUUUCUGCAGACGGAGAGGGACUGCCUCAUCAACCACCUUCGAUGUAUGCCCACGCCUCAUCGAGUGAAGGAGGCCAUUCGUCGUUGCCGGCCGGUCCAUAUUUCGGGCUCCAGCGCGUUUACCACGGCUCAGCAUCGUUCUUGCCUCCUGGAGCCCCUGGCGGGGCAAGCGCGUCUGCGCCUCCUGGUUAUGGACACGCCGAUCCUUCCGCGGCCCAGUUCGCUAUUCCCGGCUCACCGGCUCCAGGCUCGCGCACGCCUCUGCUCGCUGGCUGCUCCACCGCAGAGUCUCCGCUAGUGGCGGGCGGCGCGGGGUACGCCGGCAUGCUCCCGCCGGGGCCUGGGCAAGGGCCUGCGCAGUUGCCGGGAACUGGGAUGUAUCUGCCACCUCCCUCUGCGGAUGACAGGGGGUGCCAUCGGGGGGGGACGCCUCCUCAAAUGCAUGCCGCCACGGCAGGCGCGCCCGCGACUUCGAGCGUGCAGAUUGCGCGAGACAUGCUGCCUUACCCAACUUCUUACGGCCUGAUGUCUUCGCCGCACCAGGAGAGCGGCUCGGUUCACCAACGCGAGGCCUGUCUGGGUGGCGCGUCCGACGAAACGGGUGCGCCCUCGCGGCCCGUGGAGGACCUGGGCGGAUCUUCUCAAGCUCUCGCGGCGGGAUGGGACGACACCAGCACGCCAGCUCGCCUUGGCUCCGAGGGAGCACUCUCGGGAGGUAACUUGCCGCACGGAGGAAGUGCAGGAGGCGCAGCAAGGGGAGGGGGGUCGUCAGCGGGAGAAGGGAAGACAGCGAGGCGACGAAAAUCAAAAGGCGGAAAAGAAGAGAGAAGUUGUGCGCCCGCCAGUCACACACUGUCUUUGCAGCGUGUGUCGGCCGAGGGGACCGUAGGCUCCAACUUUUCCAGUGCCCCGCCACCCCCUGACCCUCUGGGGCAAGUGUUUCUCUAG